CUGAGCAACUUUCCUCCGAGUGCUGCCUGCCUGCAGGCUGAGCGUCUAAGACAAGCAAGCUAGAGGCAGAGCUGCAGCCCAUUCUGGGGACCCUGCUGCCACCCUUCCGAGGGGUCUGCACCUCCUAGGAGAGGGUGGGCAUCUACAGGACGAGGGUCCUUGGUGGAUGGCUCUGGGGUCACUCUUGAGGCUGUACUGUCCCCCUGCUGCGCGGGUCGGGUCGGAAGGUCACUGCAGAGGCUGCUCGUGGUCCCAGGGCUGGGGCCAAGGGAGCCUGCACCAGAGACCCAUGUGGAACCCGAGGACGCGGCCACCCCACUGAGAGUGUGGGGGCCCACCCCUGGAGAUCGUGACCUCGAGACGGUGGCCCUCGGCCCUCCACCUCCAGCGGGGGCAGGGGCCGCCCACCUCCAAGUCCCCAGCCAUGACGACCUCCGCGCUGCGGCGCCAGGUGAAGAACAUUGUGCACAACUACUCGGAGGCAGAGAUUAAGGUGCGAGAGGCCACCAGCAAUGACCCGUGGGGCCCUCCCAGCUCGCUCAUGUCGGAAAUCGCCGACCUGACCUUUAACACGGUGGCCUUCGCCGAGGUCAUGGGCAUGCUGUGGCGGCGGCUGAAUGACAGCGGCAAGAACUGGCGGCACGUGUACAAGGCGCUGACGCUGCUGGACUACCUGCUCAAGACGGGCUCCGAGCGGGUGGCCCACCAGUGCCGCGAGAACCUCUACACCAUCCAGACGCUCAAGGACUUCCAGUACAUCGACCGCGACGGCAAGGACCAGGGCGUCAACGUGCGCGAGAAGGUCAAGCAGGUGAUGGCCUUGCUCAAGGACGAGGAGCGCCUCCGGCAGGAGCGCACCCACGCCCUCAAGACCAAGGAGCGCAUGGCGCUGGAGGGCACGGGCAUUGGCAGCGGGCAGCUGGGGCUCGGCCGCUCUCGAGGUUCCCCGUCCUCCUACAACUCCUCCUCAUCAUCCCCCCGCUACACCUCCGACUUGGAGCAGGCCCGGCCCCAGACAUCAGGAGAAGAGGAGCUGCAGCUGCAGCUGGCUCUAGCCAUGAGCCGGGAGGAGGCUGAGAAGCCGGUUCCCCCAGCCUCCCACAGGGAUGAGGAUCUGCAGCUGCAGCUGGCUUUGCGUCUGAGCCGGCAGGAGCAUGAGAAGGAGGUGAGGUCCUGGCGGGGAGAUGACUCCCCUGUAGCCAAUGGCGCUGGGGCCGCUGUCCAUCGUUGGCAAGACAAAGAGCCAGAGAGAGAAGAGAGAAAGGAGGAGGAGAAGCUGAAAACCAGCCAGUCCUCCGUCCUGGACUUGGCAGACAUCUUCGCACCCACCCCGGCCCCGCCCUCCACUCACUGCUCCGCUGACCCAUGGGACAUCCCAGGUCUCAGGCCGAACACAGAGCCCAGUGGCUCCUCCUGGGGACCUUCUGCAGACCCCUGGUCUCCUGUCCCUUCAGGAAGCACCCUGUCCAGAAGCCAGCCCUGGGACUUGCACCCUAUGCUCUCCUCCUCUGAGCCCUGGGGCCGGACCCCAGUGCUGCCUGCCAGACCCCCUUCCACAGACCUCUGGGCACAGAACUCCCCCCAUCACAAGCUCCCCAGCACUGGGGCUGACCCUUGGGGGGCCUCAGGGGAGACCUCCAAUGCACCUGCUCUAGGUGGUACCUCACCCUUUGACCCAUUUGCCAAACCUCCAGGACCCACAGAGACCAAGGAGGCGCCAGAGUGUGCCCAGGCCCUGCCCUCUGGGAAGCCCAGCAGUCCUGUGGAGCUGGACCUGUUUGGAGACCCCAUCCCCAGUUCCAAGCAAAAUGGCACCAAGGAGCCAGACGCCUUUGACCUGGGUGCACUGGGGGAAGUGCUAACCCAGCCCAGCAAGGAGGCCCGAGCAUGCCGGACCCCUGAGUCUUUCCUGGGCCCUUCAGCCUCCUCUUUGGUCAACCUUGACUCAUUAGUCAAGGCGCCCCAGGCUGCAAAGACCCGAAACCCCUUCCUGACAGGUCUCAGCGCUCCAUCCGCCACCAACCCGUUCGGCGGGGGCGAGCAGGGCAGGCCGACCCUGAAUCAGAUGCGCACCGGGUCGCCGGCGCUGGGCUUUCCCGCCAGCGGGCCAGUCGGGGCGCCCUUGGGCUCCAUGACCUACAGCGCCUCCCUGCCCCUCCCGCUCAGCAGCGUGCCGGCCGGCGUGACCCUCCCCGCCUCGGUCAGCGUCUUCCCGCAGGCGGGAGCCUUCACGCCGCCGCCCGCCAGCCUGCCGCAGCCGCUGCUGCCCACGUCGGGCUCCGCGGGGCCGCUCCAGCCACCCCCGCAGGCGGGCGGCACCAACCCCUUCCUCUGAGCGCAGCCCCGCCCCGCACGCCCGGGCCGGCGCCUGCGCCCGCGCCUGGCACGAGGACCCGCCCCCGGGGCGGGGCGGG